CGCAACUCACUGACAUAACACAGAGCGGUGCAGCCAUAAAGAUACGGUGUAACGUGCAACGACGUUGUUAUUUAAUUACGAUUGGACUGUAAUUCGGUGACCAUGAGAGUCUUAAUAGGAGGGGGAUCUGGUUUUGUGGGCCGUGAGCUGACUCGUCUGCUCAGAGAUAAAGGUCACGAGGUCACAGUGAUAUCUCGCCAGCCUGGUCCAGGGAAAAUAACAUGGGGCGAAUUGGAGUCCAGCGGCCUCCCACCUUGUGAAGGCGCCGUCAACUUGGCUGGAGAGAAUCUCAUGAACCCGCUGCGAUGGUGGAACGAAAGCUAUAAAAAAGAUUUGUUCUCCAGUCGCAUUGAUACUACAAAAGCUCUGGCUCAAGCCAUUGCUGCCUCCCCCAGCCCCCCUCACUCCUGGGUGCUGGUAUCAGGUGUAGCUUGUUACCAACCCAGUCUGACAGCUAAGUACACAGAAGACAGUCAGUGGACACCAUUUGACCUCCUCUCCAAACUCGUCAAAGAGUGGGAGGCCUCAGCACUUCUGCCUGAGACUGUGGCACAAAACACCAAGCAAGUCGUCAUCAGGCCUGGGGCAGUGCUGGGUCGCGAUGGUGGCGCUAUGAAGCAAAUGCUGCUGCCCUUCUGGCUCGGCCUCGGGGGCACUCUGGGGUCAGGGAGCCAGCCGUUCCCAUGGAUCCACGUCUCGGACCUGGCAGGAAUCAUCGCCCACGCCCUGGAGCCCCCCACCGACACUCCCUCCCCUUCACAGCAGGUGUUUAAUGGAGUCGCACCCGCGCUGAACACCAACUACGAGUUCACUAAAGAACUGGGCCGGGUUCUGAGGCGGCCCACCAUUUUUCCCGUGCCAGGCUUCGUCAUGAACGCCCUGAUGGGCUCUGAGAGGGCGGUCGUCCUCACCCAGGGACAGAAAGUCGUACCACAGAGGACUUUAGAGGCUGGAUUUCAGUACAAGUACCCGGACUUGAGCUCAGCCCUGAAGGAGAUUGUUGGGAGUUAACAGAUUUUAGAGGAACAUGUGCUGACUUAAUAAAUUCUGUAAAGAUGCCUUCAUACUUACUGUAUCAUAUAUAAAACAAAAGAAACAAGGAUCACAAAUGGGUAGACGACACGUUUCUGUAAAUCUCACAUUCUUCAGAUCUAAGGACUGCUCGGAAGAUGUUUAUGUGAGGAUGCAAUUGUUCAAGCUAAAAUCUGUCUGACAGAGCAGGACGUCUUUGGCAAACCACUGAAACACACCUUCUUUGAUCAAUGCCCAAACCUCAGUGUAAUCGUUUAAGCAAUAGAAAGUAAUGAAGAUCAGUGGCUCUUGGCUUUUGGGAUUCUUUCAAUAAAGUGAUGAUAUUUAUCCAGAUGGAGGAGAAUACAGGUGAAUGUCAUGAGG